AUGAAGAAUGAAAGGGCAUAUGAUGAUGAGGAAGCUGCAGCUAGAGCAUAUGAUUUGGCUGCACUCAAGUAUUGGGGGACAUCAACUUUUACCAAUUUUCCAAUAUCUGAUUAUGAGAAGGAAAUUGAAAUUAUGCAGAAUGUCACAAAAGAAGAGUACCUAGCCUCACUAAGAAGAAAAAAUCAUUAUUAUAUAUCAAUUUCUUUUUUGAAUACUUUUGGGGAUUGUUCUAAACGCAUCAAUGACAAUAAAUGCAGACACCAUCACAAUGGAAGGUGGGAAGCUAGGAUAGGAAGAGUUUUUGGAAAUAAGUACCUCUACCUUGGCACUUACAGUACACAAGAAGAGGCUGCUCGUGCAUAUGAUAUAGCUGCAAUUGAGUACAGGGGGAUAAAUGCUGUUACUAAUUUUGACUUGAGUACCUACAUCAGAUGGUUGAGGCCAGGAGCAAAUAAUUCAGUUUCAGCUCAGGAACCAAAUUUUAGCCAAGAGUCGCAAGCAUUAUUACCCCCUCUUUGUUCAUGUGAAAAAUCCUUGUCCCCUUGCUCGACAACUAGAGCCUUCAAUGUAGAUGACCCGAGCAAGAUGGAAAAGUCGGCAAGAAAAAUCCCAGUUAGUCCUUGCAGAAAAUCGUCUUCUCCGACAGCACUUGGCCUACUCCUUCAGUCUUCAAUAUUUAGAGAACUGGUUGAGAAAAAUUCAAAUGUAACAGAAGAAAAUGAUGACAAAAACACCAAGAGCAUGCUAGAGGUGGGCAGCGGUGAUGAAUAUCGAGGAAUAUUUUAUGAUGGAAUUGCAGAUAUUCCACUAGUAUUUUCUUCUAACGGCCAUGGAAUUGAAUUGCAAGGACAAGUUCAAUUCAAUUACAGUAGUGCAGACAUGAUUGGGAACGAUAUUAUAAACAUGGUCCCUAUAUGUUAAAUAACAAAUAAUGUUGGAAAAGCAACCAUGUACAAACAAAUGAAUAUUAUAGAACUUUCUUUUUGCGAUUUUGUACAGAGAUUGAUAAAGUAGGCUCAAUGUUGCUGUUUUAAAUUUCUAGGACCUAGUGAUGAACGAAUGUUUAGUAGCAUAUGUAUGUGCCAUCAAGUUGGAUGGAAGUUUUAAGUUAAGUCAUGAUAGCAUUUUCUUAAUGCAGGUUUUUCCUUCCGUUUGAUUGUGGUUGUGCAUGAAUUGUUACCAGUAAGUCUACGAUUCAAUCAUCCUUUCACAUAUCUUGCUUCUUCAGAAAGAGACGGAGAAAAGCAAAGUGGGAGAAAGAAGAAAACAAAAUUGUUGGUGCUCUAUGAAGCAAGAGAAAGUUGACGAAGCUAACAUUACUCUGCCCAAUAGUUGCCAAAAAAAUAAAAAAUAAAUAUCAUCUGUCAUUUGAAUUAUUUAAAAAAAAAAAUGUUCGUUUCAACAAUUAUAAGGACAAUUGAAGCUAUCUGUUCCUCUUGAAGAAAUGGAUAUCAUUUCUAGAAAUCCAAUAUAUUUAUGAGGUUAAAAUUAUAACUAAAGUCAUCAAAGGUCAAUUUAACACGUACAAUCAUUGUAAUUGGGUAAUCUAAAUCCACAGCCUUGAAUUCUAACAGCCAGAAUCAAAACAGUUGCAA